AUCGAAUCAACCUUCAUACCCCCCCACAUCAUCAUUCUUAAUCUCACACUCACACUCUCACUCUCACUCUCACUCUCAUUAUCAUCAUCAUCCACUUUUAACACCAUACCAUGGCAUCAGCCCUCCCGCGCUUCACCCUAAUCUUCUACGCACCCACCUCCGCCCUCGCGGCCUGCAAAUCCGCCAUCUUCGCCGCGGGCGCAGGCCGAUACCCCGGCCCGGGGAACUACACCGAGUGCUGCUGGACGACCCUAGGCACCGGCCAAUUCCGGCCCGGCGACGCCGCGAACCCGCAUAUCGGCGCCGUCGGCGCCCUGGAGCAAGUCCCCGAGGUCCGCGUCGAGACCCUGUGCGUCGGCGAGGACGUCGUUAAGGGCGCUGUCAAGGCGCUUAAGGGUGCUCAUCCCUACGAGGAGCCUGCCUACCACGUCAUCAAGCUGGAGAAUUAUUGAACACGGAUAGCGAACCCGCGAUUAGAUGCAAAAUUGUGACAUGGGCAGUCGUGCUGGGGACACCUGAUUCCACCUUUACCUUAUGGAUAAGGACUG